AUGGAUACCUUGAACAGGCCUCCCAUGUAUGGUGGCUGUUUCUAUACAACUGCCCGUCAUCUUCAACCUAUCUAUCUCCCGCAGCUAUCUCUCAAGGCCCAUGCUAUUGUUCAAUCAUCUGCAGCUUGCACAACUUUGUCACACAUCUUCUUUAACUCAUCGGACAAACUCAUCAAGGAAGCAUCUUACAAGUUUCCUCUCUACGAUGGCGUCAGCGUCGUUGAAUUUGACUGCAAGAUUGGGACUCGCAUCCUUCAUAGCAGUGUCAAGGCCAAGUCUGAGGCUAACGAGGUCUUCGAAACCGCAGUGGCUAAGAAGAAAAGUGCUGCUAUCAUGGACCACACUUCACAAAACGACGUGUUUUUGAUUCGGCUUGGCAAUAUUCCUGCCCACGAACAGGCCGCAAUUAACAUCACCUUCGUGGAAGAGUUGAAGCAGGACGCCCAGACUGAUGGUGUUCGCUACACACUUCCAUGUGCCAUCGCUCCUCGUUAUGGAGCACAAGACAUUUCCAGCUCGACUGACAUAUCUUCGCUUAACCUGCCUGUCAUCAAAGAAGGAAACCAAGGGAUGUCGGUCACUGUUGAUGUUGUCAUAGAUGAAAGCUCGGCCAUCCGCGAGGUGGAAUCGCCCAGCCAUCAGAUCAAGGUCUCCCUAGGGCGGAAUUCCAGCCUGCUAGAAGACGACGCUACCUUCAAUCCUUGCAAAGCAUCGGCGUCGCUGAAGACUCGCGGAGACAGCGACGAAGACUUUUUGGAGAGAGACUUUGUACUUCUCAUCAAGGCGGACAGCCUUGAUGCACCUUGUGCGCUGCUCGAAACACACCCAAGUAUCCCAAACCAACGAGCAAUCAUGGCAACCCUGGUGCCUAAGUUUAACAUAGCUACUCUCAGUCCCGAGGUUGUAUUUGUCAUUGACAGAAGUGGCAGUAUGACAGAAAAUAUUUCAACCCUCCAAUCUGCGCUGAGAGUGCUCUUGAAGUCUAUUCCGGUCGGAGUCUCCUUCAACAUCUGCUCAUUUGGAUCCACAUAUUCUUUCCUGUGGCCCACUAGCAAGAUCUACAAUGCUUCCAGCUUAAAACAGGCGAUGGAUUUUGUGGACACCGUUGACGCCAGCUUUGGCGGCACAGAAAUGGAACAGGCGGUCGUUGCCACAGUCGCGAAACGACUUGACAACAAAGUCCUUGAGGUGUUGAUCCUCACUGAUGGCGAGAUCUACAACCAGCAGUCUUUGUUUGAUUUCAUUCGCGGAAAAGCUGCCAACAACGAUGCUCGCUUUUUCUCCCUAGCUAUUGGCGAAGCUGCUUCUCACUCUUUGACUGAAGGAAUAGCGAGAGCUGGAAAAGGGUUCUGCCAAUCGGUCUUGCAACAUGAAGAGCUAAAUCGCAAGUUGGUCCGUAUGCUCAAGGGGGCGUUGACACCCCACAUUCACGACUACAAACUAGAGGUGAAGUACGAUGGCGAGUCGCAAGAUGUCUUCGAGCAUGUGGAUGCCACCGACCUGGCCUCCGAAACCGAAGAUGCAGGUGAUGGUGAUUCCAUCAUGCAAGAGUCCACAGUCAGCCCAUCACAGCCAAUCUCUCUGUUUGACAAGGAGUUCAAUGACCAUGAUAUGGAGACUCAUCUGGAAGAGGCGAAAGAAACCGAGAUACUCCCCAACCUCACUCAGCCAAAGGCAAUCCAAGCUCCAUACAACAUCCCUCCUCUUUACCCAAUGAUCAGAACUACCGUCUAUCUGCUUAUGGACCCCCAGACCUCUGGGAAAAACCCUACAUCGAUCGUUCUCAGCGCAACAUCGAAACAAGGGCCUCUCUCAUUGAGGAUUCCAAUCCAGGACAUUGGUCUCAGCAAGACAAUCCACCAGCUUGCCUCGCGCAAAGCCAUCAUCGAGCUUGAAGAACAGUCUGGCUGGCUCAGUGAUGCGAAAGACGAACAGGGCGCCUCAUUCAAGAAUUUAGACUUGAAGACACAGCAACGGCUGGCAGAACGUGAAUGCCAGACCCUAGGAAUCAAGUUCCAGAUCACCGGAAAAUAUUGCUCGUUCGUGGCAGUUGAAGAAUCCAGCAGCGCGAAAUCGAAGCGAAAGCGCUCAAAAAUGCAUGCUGUGGAAAUUGAAUCGUCGGACUCUUCAGGUAUGAUCACCGGACCACUAGCCAUAAUUCCAAUUGCUUCAGCCCAGAGCCAUAACUACACACUCAAACGGUGCAACAGAACCAGCAUAAAACUGGCGGGCUGUAUCGAGCUCCGUUCAAAUAUCGAGGUGGUGGUCGGGGUGGUGGUCCAGCCCCCCCAGCUCGGAUGUGCCAGGUUUAUGGACACACGAUGCGAGUCAGUAGCAGACCGUGGUCCCGUUCCUAUGCUCAGCGCCACAAUAGCAUCGCCGCGCGCUGCUUGUGCACAGACUGCCGGGUCCGAGUCACGGGGGCCUCCGCUAGCACGUCAGAGCCACUCUCAAAUGCAAUUCCAGCUUUUCCAAAAUGCAGCUAUGCCCGGAGGGUCUCAAAAUGUUAGGCAAAUUACUUUGCCAUCAUUGGAAGUGCCUAUGCAUGCAACAAGCGAUCCAGAAGAGCUUCAAGAACUCGUCAAAGAGCAAACCUAUGAAGGUAGCUGGCUGAUGUCCAACAGACUGUUUGAGCUCAUGAAAUGCGACAGAAAGGAAGUCAUCAAGGAGGUGGCUGAAUUGUACGCCAGAUCAUUUGGAGAAGUCCCUGAUAGUUUCCCCUGCGGCGAUCAAAACACCAUUGUGGCUACUCUUCUGGUGAUGGGAUAUCUGGAAUGGAAUCUUCAGCAGUCAGAAGGUUCCUGGCUACUUGUUCAUGCCAAAGCUGAGGAGUGGGUGGAACACAAGCUGGAUGAUAUCAGGUUUACAACUCCAGGCAGAGUCCUUCAAGACAUUCGGUUUCAGAUUCGUGAUUUUAUGAGAACCCGGCCAUUUUUACAUCAACAAUUUACAUCGACCGAGCUUCUGGACGAAUACUGA